AGUCAACUUGAAAAAGUACGAAAAACGCAAAUGCGUUGUAGUUUGCGUUUUUCAAGUUGACUCAGUUGAGAAAUUUGGGAAUAGUCCGGAAAAUCGCUGUUCCCAACAUUUUUUCUUUUUUCAAGCUGAGAAGUUUCAAGGUUUCAAGUGAGAACCAUGAAACUUUAUGAAACUGUUAUAGCGGGCAGUGCGUUCGGAAUUCUGGCGCUGGCAGAGGAGCAGAGCUAUGCGAGAGAUUUUCGGCCAGGGGAUUCAAUCUUCACCGUUUUGGCAAAUGACGGGAGGACUCCGCUGAAGUUUUUUGCAGAAAUGUGGUACAACAUCUUUUUGUGGGAACUGUUUGCGUCUUUCAUCAUGCAUUCCAUAGCUGGCCUGAUAUCCAUCAUAGCCUUGCGCAGGCAUAAUUUGAUGCGAUGGUAUUCUGCAGCCAUCGUUGUUGUUGGCUUGCUUUCUUCGCUGACAACAGGAGUAAUUACCAGUGCGGCGAUUGCGGGUGUUUAUCGGGCUUCGAAUAUCCAGCUCGAUCCCAUUUAUGCUAUGGUAUGGGGAGUGGGCCAGUCCGCGUUCAAAGUUGGACUGUCGUUUAACAAGAUUCUGGCGUCGCUCUGACACUUACAGGGCCCAUUGUUGUUGUUGCCGGCAGCCAAGGUUUCUUCGUCUAGUCCUGUCAGGAUAUCGGGACUCCUGCGUAGUGCAGGCUGUAUAAUGUACAUUGUUUUUGAUCUCACUUUUUGUUUUUUGAUCUUCCAAGUGAUCUUAUAUCGUGAUCGGAUUGCUGUUCAGUGUUUUCUACGGUUUCAUUUAAAUGUUCGUUUUAAAUGUCUACAUGAUAGUUUUCACCACUUUUGACAUUUGUAAUAGUGAUAAAUGAGCGUACGAGUAUGCAUAAUCAUAAUGUAAGUAUGUAUAUUAAUAAAAAAGUUUAUUUAUAAGUACUUUAAUUCUUUAUGUUAAAGUGACUAAAAAAGUAAAAGUGACCUUGCUGCUAGAAUAGUAUGUUGUAGGCACUAGCGCAGUUAACACUUAAUAGUUAAUAAUUAAGAAAGAAAAUAUAGGUUCAAAUCCGGACAGCUUCUAGCCCGCUGUUCUAGCCCUAGGCCGUCGAAUUUUCGUCUUCUGAUUUCUGAAUUCGUCUUCAUUCUUGACGCUUGAGUCUAUGGCUGCGUCGGCUUAGGACCAUGCGCUUAUGGCUAUCGCUUUGUCAGCUGUCAUUGGCAUCUUCGGUCAGUGGGCGGUGCAUCUCUCCAAGAUCUUCCCUUUCCGCCGUUUCCGGUAUGUACGUACUAACGUUAGCAGGUUGGUAGUACUAGUGGUAUCACGCGUAGUACGUAGUACGUAGUAUGCAGUGCUAUUAAACGGUAAGGGGGCAUCCAUAAAUUACGUACGCAGAGAACCACGGUUUUUUCACCCCUCCCUCCCCCUUCGUAGCGGUCCGUCACGUUUGCUUGACCCCUACCCCCUGGUUCGCUCAAUCGUAACACAUGAAGCUGACCACCCCCUCCCCCUUGGGUUCGCCGGGGCCGUCACAGCUUGUCACGUUUUUUGGACCCGUCCCUCCCUGGUUCGCUGCGUACGUAAUUUAUGGAUCCCCCCUAAAGCACGGACUAACCAUAAAGUACGUACGUCCCGAAUACCGAUGAUCCGCUUUUUGCCUUUUCAGUUUUCAUGAUACAAUUUCGAGUUUCUGGCCUGUGAUUGUGAAAUCACUCUGAAUUAUUUCGGGUAUUGGUAAUAACUAUUAGUGGGUGUUCUGGUUACAUUCUUACUUGUUUAAAAUUACUGUAAUAAUUUUUAUUAAUCAAAAUACAACACACAAUUAUUAACUCGAUUCACGUAAGUACUGGCUGUACAGCCAGUGCCAAUCAGGCCAGCGGAAGCGGUGUUGUGUUGAAGUGUGCUGCCGGUUACAGGAGCGCCGAUCUUUGCGCGGUAUUUUGUCCAGCUGAUAAUAGUCAUUCGGCGAAGCAGAUAA